UGAGCUUCUCCCGCCUCCGCAUGUUCCCUUUCUUCGACCUGGCGCAUUAUGUCGCCUCCGUGCUGGCGCUGAAGGAGCAGCGGGGAAACAGCUCAGGACUCUCAUGGAUCGGUCCCGUGCCAGUGACUCGUCAGCGUUGUGCCCUGUGGAUUGUAAAGUGAAUUUAGCGAAGCUCUCCACUUCCACUAACAAGGAGUUGUGGAAGUGUCGGUCCAAAGUCCCUUGGCCUGCUGGUUUAGUGCAAUGCUGUAUUGCUUUGGGGGCUCAGUUUUGUCCUCCUUGAUGCUUGGUGAACCUCCAGUAGCAUUUCUGGCAAAGACCAUAAAUAUUCUACUGGCAUCCUCAGUCUGGUAUCUGGUGUUUUACUGCCCAGAAGACAUAUUCUGCCGCUGCUUUUCCUUUCUGCCUCUUCGUCUUCUGGUGGCAGGGAUGAAAGAAGUGACAAGGACCUGGAAGAUCACAGAUGGCAUUGCACAUGCGGACACUGUCUACAAAGAUGCCUGUCUGAUCAUGGUGGCUGUGGGCUGGGCCAGAGGUGCUGGUGGUGGCUUAAUUUCCAACUUUGAGCAGCUGGUGAGAGGAGUGUGGAAACCUGAAACCAAUGAGCUCCUGCACAUGUCCUACCCUGUGAAGGUAACUUUGAUAGGAGCAGUUCUUUUCACCCUGCAACGCAGACAGUACUUGCCAAUAGCAAAACACAACCUUGUGUUUUUAUACACCAUCUUUCUUGUUGUCUUCAAGGUAAAAAUGAUGUUGACAAGAUGUGCAACUUCUCCAUUUGCUCCCAUUGAGGCUGCAGUGUGCCAAAUGUUUUUUGGCUCACAAAAGACACCUUCCAAAGUGAAGGGUGAAAGUGCCACAUCUUCCAAUGGCUCUUCAGUCUGUGACCAGCCUUCUGAGCAGCACCAUGAGAGUGCUAAGAAAAAAACAGCAAAGAAAACAGAAUAAGUGACUUGAAAUGUUGUGAUGGUCGUGAAGAUAUGUGUCUUCCAGAUUAAGCUGGCGGAGAAGUUUCUCUAAGGAAAGGAGAACAGCUGUGAUGUGGUUUGCCUUUUUGGGAUGUUUUGUGUAAGCUAUGUGUAAAUGCACAUGUUGGAUUUGUGAGUUAAAACUAUGAGUGGUUAAAAGUUUACUAAUUUUUGUACUUACAACAACUUCAAAUGCUUAUAGGUUAAAAAGAUAGUUUCAAAAAUGUGACAAUCUUUUUUUUUUCCUACUAUAUCACUUGUUUCAUGUCUUCCUAUCCCCCAGUUCUUAUGUAUAAUUUUGAUAACACAGAUUUGUACUGUCAGGUGUUCACUGUAGCACAUCCCAAAUAAGAAAGUCAUUAAGUAAGGCUUAAUCACAUUGCACUGUGUAAAAUCAUAAAAAUGUACCAAUUUAAUGCCUUUAACUAGAAAAGUAAUUGAACUAUUGUUCUAAUUCACAUUGCAUAGGUCUAGAUUUUCUUAAUUUCCCAGAGUAAAUGUUUUUAAAUGUUUUUAAAUGAGAGUAUAUUAUCUCACUAUAAAUAUUAUCUGGCACUUUUAAAAAUCUUAGUUAGCAAGUAGAAACACAUCAAUAUUUUUGUGGUUGGCUUACUUGGACUCUUAUUUGCAAGCAUUUGAGAUGUAGGUGUUUUUUGCCACAUUAGUGUUUUACAAGUGGUUUGUAGU